AUGAUCACACCAAAAGAAGUUCAUUUUGUUGUAUUUGUUCAUGGAUUAUGGGGAAAUACUGGACAUUUAAAAUAUUUUGUUGAAGAAUUUAAAAAGAGACAUGAUUAUACCUAUGAUGGUAUAGAUGUUUGUGGUGAUCGAUUGAUUAAAAAGGAAGAAAAGAUUAUUCAAGAAAAUAAUAAUUUUAAAAUUACAAAAUUUUCAAUAAUUGGUUAUUCACUUGGUGGUUUGAUAGCAAGAUAUGCCAUUGGUAUAAGACGUGAAGAUGAUGGAAUUUGGACCAAAGUCUUUAAUUGGUCAUCAUCGAUACUUUUAUCAAAAACAGGCAGAGUAUAUGCAAACACCACAAAUGAUAGAACUGUGCCUUAUUGGACUGCUUCAAUUUCAAUAAUUAAUCCAUACAGUGAUUUUAAGCAGUUGAAAAUAAUAGAAAAUGAAAAUUUUCAAUCCUUAAUAGGAUCAUUAUCAAAAAAACCACAAAAAAAUUCAGCAAUUAAAAAAUUAAUUGGAUUUAUAAAAAGAUUCUUCCUAUUUACAGUGGUUGUGCCAAUUUUAUUUCCAUUUUGGUUUGUUAUAGUUUUUAGUACUGUAACGAUACAAGGAAUCAAAUCAAGAAGAAGAGAAGAAGCUAUAGAAACUGCAAUGAAUAUUAAAAAUCUCCUACCACAAAGUCAACCACCUUCUCCAACAUUAUUAGUAUCAGAUAUCGAAAGCAACAACAGUAAUAGCACCAAUAGUGAUGAUAAUAACGAAUUUAAUUCAAUGAUAAAUUCCUCAACACCCUUACAGUCAACUCAAGUUACACUAUCUAAAGCUCAAUCAGACAGUUGUAGGUAUUUAAAUAAGUUAGAAUGGGAAAAAUAUUCCGUCUAUCUUGAUGUAAUGAAUGCUCAUGCUGCAAUCAUUGUUAGAAAUAAAUUGCAGGGUGCUGCUGGUAAAGAAGUUUUAAAACAUUUUAUAGAAGUAUUUGAUACAUAA